AUGGGUUUUGAUGGUCGCUGGAUUAAUUUAGUUAUGCAAUGUAGUUAUGAACAAAGUGGCUUACUCACGGGGUGUAAAAUUGCUCGAGGUGCACUGGUAAUCUCUCAUAUGCUCUUUGCUGAUGAUAGCUACAUUUACUGUAAGGCAACUGAGGAAGAAGCGUACAAUGUGAAGGAGUUUUUGCACACUUACGAGGUGGCUUCGGGGCAAAAAAUUAAUUUCUCUAAGUCUUCUGUGUUUUUUAACAAUAAUACUGGUAUUGAGGUGCAGGAUUCCAUUUAUGCUAUGUUGGAAAUUUACGAGGCCGAUGAAAAUGGGUAUUACCUGGGUCUUCCGUGUUCGAUUGGAAGAAAUAAGAAUGAUAUCCUUGGUUUUCUUAAGGAUAAGCUUCGGAAGAUAAUUCAAGGGUGGGAAGGGCGUAUCUUAUCUCGUGCGGGAAAUGAGGUAUUCUUGAAAUCUAUAGCUCAAGUCUUGCCGAGUUAUGCUAUGAAUGUUUUCCUCUUGCCGUCAGACACUUGCAAGGAGUUAGAGCGGCUUAUGGCCAAGUUCUGGUGGCGCUCAGAUUCAAGUAGUGGUAAGGGGGGAUUGGGAUUUCGAAGCUUGAGAGAUUUUAAUUUGGCUCUUUUGGGGAAGCAAUAUUGGCGUUUGUUGGUUAAUGCUGAUUCUUUGGUUAGUAGGCUUUAUAAGGCUAAAUAUUAUGCUACUGGUAAUCUGUUUACUGCUGGAUUAGUAGAUAAUCCUAGUUUCAUUUGGCGUAGUAUUCUUGAAGCAAAAGAUCUUAUCCAUGCCUGUGCUCAAAGAACAAUUGAUAAUGGGAAAAAUGUAUCCAUUCUUAAUGAUUUUUGGCUUCCACAUGAUUCAAAUAGCUAUGUUGUCUCACGGCACCCUGCUCUUGUGAAUAAGUCGGUCAGCUGCCUCUUUCAAGUUGGUACUCGUGCGUGGGAUGAGGAUGUUGUGAGGGGCCUUACUGAAACUAUUCAACAUACAUUGGUGGAAUGCUCGGUGGCAAAGGCUGCUUGGCAUCGCAGCAUAGUGGAGGUCGGGGCUGGGGCUGCAACGUUCAGCAGCUGGUUGUUGGGAAUUUUCACCAGGGGGCACGGAGUUGAAAUGGAGGAAGCAGUGAUGGUGAGUUGGGCUACUUGGCGUGCGCGGAAUGACUUUGUUUGGCAAAAGAAGAGUUGGCUUGCUUCAAAUAUUGUAACAUCAGCUAGAAUCUUGCUUUAUCAAUACAAAUUUACUCAGGAAAGGAAGGGGCUUUCGUUGUCUCCUUUGAAUGAUGAGGGACGAAACUAUGAGCGUUGGAUUGCACCUGUGUUAAACAAGAUUAAGGUUAAUGUUGAUGGGGCUUUAUUUGAACAAGAGGGCCGGUUUGGAAUGGGCUGUGUAGCUCGAGAUCAUCAUAGAACCAUGGUAGAAGCUUUCACAAAGGGAAAGGUUGGGUAUGUACAACCCGAAAUUGCUGAGAUCGUAGGCAUCAAAGAAGCGUUGAUUUGGAUUGCGACUCAUCCCUCGGACAAUGUAGUGUUAGAAACGGAUAGUUUGAUGUGUGUCCAAGCAGUCCAAAGUUGUGUGCUUAAAUUGGAGGAUUGUUCUUCUGAAGUGCGUUCUAUUGUUUGA